AGCUCAGUUCCUGCCGCCGGGCCCAGGCGUCCGGGGCGGCUGCAGCAUGUCUUCCAACUCCAGCCUCGGCUACAUGCAGCGCCUGGUGGAGCAGCUCAAGCUGGAGGCGGCGGUGGAGCGCAUCAAGGUCUCUCAGGCAGCUGCAGAGCUUCAGCAGUACUGCAUGCAGAAUGCCUGCAAAGAUGCCUUGCUUGUUGGAGUCCCGGCUGGGAGCAACCCUUUCCGAGAGCCUCGAUCCUGUGCCUUACUCUGAAGUCAGGGAAGGUCAUCAGAGAGUGCUCUUCAAGCAUGGAAUGGAUACUGUCUUUCCUUCUCAAGAAAACACUCUGCCCUUACUUCUGUGUGGCCAAAGCAAUCUAGAUAUUUAUCAGUUUGUUCUAGUGUAUCAGUAGUUCACUAGAUCUUUUGCUAGUAUUUGUAAAGUAUUUUGUAACAAACUUUCUUUUCAUAAUUGAGUUACCAUUGCUAGUACACUAUGCUAACAGAACAUGUUUAUUUAAUUACGAGGUGUUUACAUUUUAGAAAGUAAAAACAUUAAUUCUACCAAAUAACUUCACUUUUUUAUUCUUUGUAAUGGUUGUGCUUGGACUAAGACUUUUUUACACACUUAAAUUACAUCUUCCUCCCACCCCAAAUUCUAUAUAUACAUGUUCUAAACCAAGGCAUCUGUAAAAUACAUGUUAAAAUACAGGACAAAACAAUUUCAGUAAGAGGAUGUUUCCAAAUGGAAAUAUUUUUAUUAUUUUUAUUUUUAAGACAGAAUAUAGGUCAGGCUCCUCUUCAUUUGCCUUUAAGUCAUAUGUGACUUAUACUCAAAUAAUCUCUGUACAACGUGAUUUUAGUAUGUUCACUACAGAAACUCAGAUAUGUUGAUUUCCUGUUCCUUAUUUGUUUGAUACUGACUUGUCUGAAUUUUUAAAAAUGUUUAAAAUGUGACCAAGGAAAAUUCACAGAACACUAAAAAGGAUUGCAAAAAAUUGCUCACAUCUAGACGUACAAGAGGCUUGAAAUACACCUAAGUUAUUAAAUGUCUACAAGAGUAUUAUGGGGUGUGUGCCUUUGGUUUUAUACAGAACACGUUUACAAGGACACUGCUAACUUUUUGUAACGGUUUUUGAUUUUGUUUACUCUCCAUCAUUUGUAUUAAUCUUUUAGAAGUUUGAAAAUAAAAUCCUUUCCCUACUC